GCGGUGGUUUGAAUCGUAAUUUUUACAGCGUAAUCGUUUGUUACAAGUUUAACUUUGUAUGAAAGCUGCACAGCCAGACAUGAAGAGAGUUCAGGUGAAAGACACAGUGAUCCCUGCACAGCCCAGAGCGGCACAUGUCAAAAAUGACACAGACAAUAAGAAGUACCAGCACAGAUCUCUAAAAGCACCAACCACAAGAUAUGGACAGCAAAAUGAUUUAAAAGAACAUAAUCGGGUCUUGACCGCAACAAAUGAAGACCUGCAGAAACAGUUUGAAGAAAUGAAGGAAACGGUAACUGAACUGGAGCAGCGUUGCGCAGACAUCCAGGGAGAAAACAGAGAGAUUCAAAAACAGCUGAGGGAUUGCCAUGUCCUUCUUGUUGCAGAAAACCUUGACCCAGUUUCAGGGGGAAAGUUGGGACAGACAACACAAAAGAAGGAAGAACAAAGAAAAGAAGUCAUGACUGUUUCCAAAAAUCUCUUGACUGAGCUGAAACUGUUUGGGGAGAUGGCACAAGAGCAGGCUGCUAAUUUUAUGGAAGUGCAGAACACUAUGAGGCACCUGACAGAAGCACAUGAAAAGCUCCAGCAGGAGAAGGCAUUGUUCAGUUUGGAUGUGGAGGAAAUGGAGAGUGCUUUAGUGGAGGCAGAGAGACUCUUGAUGGAGUGAAUCAAAGGAACUCCUUUCAUUUGCCAUAAAUUCUGCUAUAGCAUAUGGUACUCUGAGAUCUGUCAGUUUGACAACUGAAGAAAACACUUGGACAGGUGUGACAAUUUCUUGCUGUUAAAUGAACAUGGCACAUACCAAUUUCCAAAUCCCCAUUUCUAAAAAUACUAUUUCUUUACAUGUAAUAUGCUUUACUAUGACCUUCUGAAAUCUCUUUGUACACAUUGGUUUGUCUGUUUCUGAAUGGAGAUAUUUAUAAGCAACAGUUUAUAUGUUCUUGUAAAAUUGCAAAUAAGCACUUCUUGAAA